AUGUCUUUUCCAUUGCUUUUGCGGCCGCGAGUGCCUGCAUAUACGUGUCGCUCCUGCCUUCUGCGCCUGUCACAAGCUUCGCGACGCCCCAUCUCGUCCAAUAAGGCCAGACAAAUACAAGCCAACACUGCGAUUCCCUCCACACCAGCACGUACCCGAUUCGCGCCCUCGCCGACGGGCUAUCUGCACCUCGGCUCUUUGCGAACUGCCCUUUUCAACUACCUGCUUGCAAAGCGGACCGGCGGGCAAUUCCUGCUCCGCAUCGAAGACACGGACCAGAAGCGCACCGUACCCGACGCCGAGCGACGACUGUUCGAAGACCUGCGGUGGGCCGGGCUGCAGUGGGAUGAAGGGCCCGAGGUCGAAGGUCCCUAUGGGCCGUAUAAGCAAUCAGAAAGAAGCGAAAUAUAUAAGAAACACGCGCAGCAACUGUUGGACACGGGACACGCCUACCGCUGCUUCUGCUCUUCUGAGCGCCUCAAUGCUCUAGCAGAACACAAGCACAAGCUUGGCCUUGCGACCGACUACGACCGCACGUGCGCCGACAUGGCCAAGGAAGAAAGCGACGACCGCGCACACAAGGGCGAGUCACACACGAUCCGUCUGAAAGUACCAGACCAAUACCCCAAAUACCACGACCUCGUCUACGGCACAUUCAAGCCGCUCAAGAAGCGCGGCCAUGUCGUCGAGUCUUCCUUCGAAGAUCCUAUAUUGCUCAAGAGCGAUGGCUUGCCAACAUACCACCUCGCCAAUGUCGUGGAUGACCACCUCAUGAAGAUCACACACGUUAUUCGCGGGCUGGAAUGGAUGCCCAGUACACCCAAGCACAUCGCCAUGUACUCUGCCUUUGGCUGGACACCGCCUGAAUUCGCUCACGUUGGGCUGCUCGUCGACGAGCACGGCAACAAGCUCUCGAAACGCAACUUCGACACCGAUAUCACCGCGUUCAAAGAGAUGGAGAUUUUCCCGGAGACGUUGACCAACUUCGCUGCACUGCUCGGAUGGAGCCAUAAGGAGAGGACAGACAUAAUGGACCUGGACACCCUCGUCAAGAAUUUCACCCUCAAGUUCACCAAAGGCAACACCACAGUGACAUUUGGCAAACUACACUUCCUCCAGCGCAAGCACGCCGCAAUCCGCGCUGCAGCCGGCGGCCCCAAGAUGCAAGAAAUGGUCGCGAAUGUCGCACGCCUCCUCCUCUCUCCAGACUCGCCAUACAAAGAAUGGAACAAAGUAGUCCGCUCACCCGUGCCCGACGAAUACAUAGCCGGAAUCAUCAAAGCCGAUGCAGAAAACUACACCGACGCGAACGAAUUCCUGUACCGCAAUUCCUUCUUCUUCCAGCCGCUGCGACCGUACCACGAAGCCCCGCCUGUCAGCACGAACUCGGAUGUCCCGAUGAGAUGCCAGAUGCUAAGGGAUGUGGCAGAGGAAGACUGGACGAGGGAGAAUCUCAUGGCCAAGGUCGUGGAGAUUAUUGAUGGCAGGGUAGAGGGCAAAGCGGGCAGCAAACAUGUGUAUCAUUAUCUGAGGAUGAAGUUGACGGGGCAGGAAAAGGGCAUGAGGCUGUAUGAUGUUAUGUUGAUUCUGGGGAGGAAGGAGACGUUGGCGAGGUUGGGUGUUGAGAUGUAGAGUUGGAGGGGAGGGGAUGUGUAUACCACGUGUAUGAGUAUAGUAGAGAUACCCAACAGAUCAUAUCAAAGCAUGAUAGAUG